AUGCAGGGAAACAUCCGUACAAGGAGAACUGUGUCAUCAGAAUCACUCCUUGUCGACCCUAAGAUCGAGAAGACUACUCAUAGAAACAAUAAUGACACAAGGAGACGACAAGCUCUAAGUCGACAAGCUGUCCCAAAAUCCUCAUCUUCAUCUUCUUUCAAUAAUCAAAACAUAGAAGCUCUUGAUACUUCUUCAGUGAACGAAAUGGUUGGCGUAGGACCACCUCCAAGGAGAACCAUAGGGGACUCAAUCACUUACACAAGCUCGAGAAACUUCUCAAGUAUUGUAAGGCCCACUAUGAGUGAUAAGCUAGCAAAAAUGAAACCUGCUCUACUCCAGCUCAUCAGUUCAAAUCAAUUUUCUAGCAUGGAAAAUGAAGACCCUCAUGCUCAUCUGGUCACAUUUUAUGAAUUAUGUGGAUCUGUGAGUGUAAUGGGGGAGGAAAAAGUGUUGUAUAUGAGACUAUUCCCAUUUUCUUUGAAUGACAAAGCAAAGGCUUGGCUUGAGUCACAACCUAAUCAAAGUUUGACUAAUUGGGAGGAUAUGGAACACAAAUUUCUUGCUCGCUUCUUUCCACCAUCAAAGAACACAAAAAUAAAGGCUGCAAUUGCUACUUUCGUCCAAGGAGUAGAUGAACCAUUUUGUGAAACUUGGGAAAGAUUCAAAGCUUUAUUAAGGAAGUGUCUUAGUCAUGGAUUCAGCCUGGAAAUGCUAGUGCAAACUUUUUGUAAUGGGUUGCAGCCUCACAUUAAGAUGAUACAAGAUGCAUCCUUUGGUGGUUCAGUUCUAUUCAAAACUGCUGAUGAAGCCAUUGCUUUUAUUAAAAAUAUGGCUUCUACUGACAUGCGGAGUCAACAUGGGAGAACACAAGCGCACAGGAGAGGAGUUUAUGAACUUGGUGCUCAAGAUGAAAUACUUGCACAAAACAAACUUCUUGCCCAACAAAUGGAGCUCCUGACUCAACAUAUGGCCAAGCUACCUCAACAGUUGCAAGCAAUGCAAGCUCAUGCUCAACCGCAUCAUCAAGUAAUGAUAUGCGAUUUCUGUGGAGAUAACCAUCCCAACGGUCAUUGUCAAGUUCCUAGUAGUUCCCAACCUGAAGAAGUCAACUAUAUGGGGAACCAAGCACGACAAAACUUCUUCAACAACCCUUUCCUUAAUCCUUCUAAUCAAGGGUGGAGACAAGCUCAAGGAGCUUCUAGUAGUAGAAAUUCGUAUGAACCUACUCAACCUGCUCAACAUUAUCCAUCUCAGAAUGAUCGAACUUCAAAACUGGAAGAAACAUUGCAAAUGUUCAUGCAGCAGUCCAUCCAAAACCAGAAAAAUACUGAUGCAUCCAUAAAGAAUCUGGAAGUGCAAGUUGGUCAGUUAGCUAAGCAAUUGGCAAACCAACAGGGUGGAUAA